CUGUUCGACGAAAUGCCUCCAAGGAAAAGGGGGAGGACGGGCAGGGAGGCCGCUGCGGCGCCGGAGGACGAUGGCCGCGACCACAUCAGCGCCCUGCCGGAUGACGCACUCGAGCACAUCCUCUCCUUCAUCCCGGCGCUCGACGCAGCCCGGACGUGCGUGCUCGCCCGGCGCUGGCGCCACAUCUGGAAGUCCACCAAAAGUCUGCGCAUCGUCACACCGGGUUCCAUUCAGGACAUAAAAGAGUUUGUGGACCACUUGCUUCUCAUACGCGCGGGCUCGCCUGUCGACACAUUCGAGCUCAGGACCCAAGAGGGCAUGUCCAUUGAGGACAAUGCACGUGUGAAUCUUUGGAUCCGGCAUGCGUUGGCGUGCAAAGCCUGUGUGCUCCAGUUUGAGAUCUUUGGCAGUACUACCUGGCUGAAACUAAAGGAUAUUCAUCUACUCUUUGCCUCCCAGUAUUUGACUAGGCUAGAUUUUGCCUAUGUCCAGUUCAGGGACUGCUUUCUCAACUUCUCAAGCUGCCCUGCAUUGCAAGAUCUACGUAUUAGAAGAUAUGAAGUACCUCCGUUCGUUUAUAUAUGACGUCGGCUUGCUCAAAAUUAAGCU